AUGGGUGCAGACCCUCUGGCCAUGGGCAUUGGAGGCCAGGGAGGCUCCAUUCCCUGUUCUGUGUCCCCCCUGACCCUCCAUCUCUCUGUUCCAGCGCUGUGUGUCCUGCUGAUUCUGUUGGAAGAUGGACCCCAGAACACCAGGGCCUCUGCCUGUCCCCGGCGAUGCCCUGCAAACUCCUCAUGUGUCAAUGGCACUGCCUGUCGCUGUAACCCAGGAUUCAAAUCUUCAUCUGGGGAGAUUGACAUCAGCUACACGGAUCGUUGUGAAGACAUUGAUGAAUGUGAAGUACGCAGAGCAGUGAGGGCCUGUGGAAGAGUCGCAGACUGCCAUAACACGGAGGGGAGCUACCACUGCACAUGCAAACCAGGAUACAGGCUUGUUUCUGGGGCAGCAAAGUUCAGUAAUGAGAGUGAGAACACGUGUCAAGAUGUGGAUGAAUGUACCUCAGGACGAAAACCCUGCCACAAAACCACCCACUGCCUCAACAAUGUGGGCAGCUAUACGUGCCGCUGCCGCCCUGGCUGGAAGCCGAUUCCUGGGUCCCCCAAUGGCCUGAACAACAUCGUCUGUGAAGAUGUGAAUGAAUGUACCUCAGGAGAACAUAUCUGCCACAAUUCAACCCAAUGCAUCAACACCAAUGGCAGCUAUAAGUGUCGCUGUCGCUCUGGCUGGAAGCCGAUUCCUGGGUCCCCCAAUGGCCCACACAACACCAUCUGUGAAGGUUCAGAGUUCAGAUCCCACAUUCCCAAAGACCCACAGCUCAAGCCACCUGAUCACAUAUUCAUGGGCACCCACACGAACCCAGCACAAAGUCUCUCCCGCUUCUUUGAAAGAGUCCAGGACCUGCUCAGAAACUUCAAGUCUGCCUCGGCCCAGGACACCAUCCAGGACAUCAUACAGGAGGUGGAUAAUCUGCUGGAGACCAAAGGGGACCUGGAUACUCUGCCCCAUUCAGAGCAGCACUGUGUGGCCACUAACCUGCUCACUGGCCGGGAGCACGUCCUGAGAGAGAUGAGCAAGGCCUUGCCCAAUGGGCCACUGACCUUCAGGACAGCUGCAGGAACAGAACUGUCCCUGGAGGUAAAGGAGCAAGGAGACAAGAAUGUCACCCUGAGCAAUAAUCAGGCAAAGAUGCUGGUGAACUGGGAUGUGGUGCAGGACUCAGGUGACUCAGGCUCUUCUGUGGUGGGCCUUGUCUCCUCUCCAGGGGUGGGCAAGUUGCUGGUUGGGGCCCCCCUGUUCCUGGAAACUGAGGAGCAGUCAGGUCUGCAUGAGACACACAAGGUCCUGCAACAGGAAGGCUCCUUCGACCUGCUCUCAGAUGUCACAUCCGCCUUUGUGAGCAACAAGGACACUCGGAACCUCAGCUCCCCAGUCACCUUUGUCUUCAAGCAUACAGUGACCCCGAGGCCAAAGCAGAAGGUGUUCUGUGUCUUCUUGGAGCCUGGCCAGAAGGGGUGUGGUCAUUGGUCCACCAAAGGCUGCUGGAUGGUGGGCACCAGAGACACCAGCACCACCUGCCAAUGCAGCCACCUCAGCAGCUUUGCCGUCCUCAUGGCCCACUAUGAUGUGCAGGAAGAGGAUCCCGCCCUGGCUGUGAUCACCUAUGUGGGGCUGAGCCUCUCUCUGCUGUGCCUCCUCCUGGCGGCCCUCACCUUCCUGCUGUGCAAAGCCAUCCAGAACACCAGCACCUCACUCCACCUGCAGCUCUCACUCUGCCUCUUCCUGGCCCACCUGCUCUUCCUCACGGCCAUCGACAGAACUGAGCCUAAGGUGCUGUGUGCCAUCAUCGCGGGUGCCUUACACUAUCUCUACCUGGCCUCCUUCACCUGGAUGCUGCUGGAGGGCCUGCACCUCUUCCUCACUGCACGCAACCUGAUGGUGGUCAACUACUCCAGUGUGAGCAAGUUCAUGAAGAAGUUCAUGCUCCCUGUGGGCUACGGAGUCCCAGCUGUGAUUGUGGCCAUUUCUGCAGUGUCCAGGCCUCACCUUUAUGGAACACCUACACGCUGCUGGCUCCACCCGGAAAAGGGAUUUAUAUGGGGCUUCCUUGGACCAGUCUGCGCCAUCCUCUUUGUCAAUCUAGCUUUCUUUCUGAUGACCCUCUGGAUUUUGAAAAGCAAACUUUCUUCGCUCAACAGUGAUGUGUCCACCCUCCAGAAUACAAGGAUGCUGACAUUUAAAGCGAUAGCUCAGCUCUUCAUCUUGGGCUGCACAUGGUGUCUGGGACUCCUGCAGAUGGGUCCAGCUGCUCACGCCAUGGCCUAUCUCUUCACCAUCAUCAACAGCCUGCAGGGCGUCUUCAUCUUCCUGGUGUACUGUCUCCUCAAUCAGCAGGUCCGGGAGCAAUACAGGAAAUGGUGGAAAGGAAUCAGGAAAACCACAGCUGACUCUGAGAAGUACACACUCUCCAGCAGAGCCAUGUCAGAUGUCCCUAAACACAGUGUGCACAAGCUCUCACCCCCUACUGUCUGCGUCCAUUGGUUUUACUCAUAUGCGUGA